AUGUUGUCCCGUUACUCUGUUGUCCGCACAGCGGCCAGAUCGCUGGCCAAGGCCGGCGUUGCCCGUGCCGUCGUUAGACCUGUGGCUGCCACCAUGAUCGCUGGCUCCAGACGUUGUGCGUCUGCCAAGGCCCAGCCCACCGAAGUGUCCUCGAUCCUCGAGGAACGUAUCCGUGGUGUUUCUGAGGAGACCAACCUAAACGAAACCGGUCGUGUCCUUUCCGUCGGUGACGGUAUUGCCCGUGUUUUCGGUUUGAACAACGUCCAGGCCGAAGAAUUGGUCGAAUUCUCCUCUGGUGUCAAAGGUAUGGCUUUGAACUUGGAACCCGGCCAAGUCGGUAUUGUGUUGUUCGGUUCUGACCGUCUCGUCAAGGAAGGUGAGGUGGUCAAGCGUACUGGCCAGAUUGUCGACGUCCCAGUCGGUCCAGCCAUGUUGGGCCGUGUCGUUGACGCUCUAGGUGCUCCAAUCGACGGUAAGGGUCCUAUCAAGGCCGCCGGCCGUUCUCGUGCCCAGGUCAAGGCACCAGGUAUCUUGCCAAGAAGAUCCGUCCACGAGCCUGUCCAGACCGGUCUUAAGGCUGUCGACUCUUUGGUCCCUAUCGGAAGAGGUCAAAGAGAACUUAUCAUCGGUGACCGUCAAACCGGUAAAACUGCUGUCGCCAUCGACACCAUCUUGAACCAAAAGAGAUGGAACGACGGUACCGACGAGUCCAAGAAACUAUACUGUGUCUACGUCGCUGUCGGUCAAAAGAGAUCCACCGUUGCUCAGCUUGUCCAGACUUUGGAACAACACGACGCUUUGAAAUACACCGUCAUUGUCGCCGCCACCGCUUCCGAAGCCGCUCCUUUGCAAUACAUUGCUCCUUUCACCGCUGCCGCCAUCGGUGAAUGGUUCAGAGACAACGGUAGACACGCCGUUAUUGUGUACGACGAUUUGUCCAAGCAGGCCGUCGCCUACCGUCAACUUUCUUUAUUGCUAAGACGUCCUCCUGGUCGUGAAGCUUACCCAGGUGAUGUUUUCUACUUGCACUCCAGAUUGUUGGAGAGAGCUGCCAAGAUGUCCGAAAAGAACGGUGCCGGUUCUCUAACCGCUUUGCCAGUCAUUGAGACCCAAGGUGGUGAUGUGUCUGCUUAUAUUCCUACCAACGUUAUUUCCAUUACCGAUGGCCAAAUUUUCUUGGAAGCCGAAUUGUUCUACAAGGGUAUCAGACCAGCCAUUAACGUCGGUUUGUCCGUGUCCCGUGUCGGUUCCGCUGCUCAAGUCAAGGCCAUGAAGCAGGUUGCUGGUUCUUUGAAGCUUUUCUUGGCUCAAUACAGAGAAGUCGCUGCUUUCGCGCAAUUCGGUUCCGAUUUGGACGCUUCCACCAAGCAGACUUUGGCUAGAGGUGAGAGAUUGACUCAAAUCUUGAAGCAAAGCCAAUUUGCCCCAAUGGCCGCUGAAGAGCAAGUGCCAUUGAUUUACGCCGGUGUUAACGGUUACUUGGACAACGUUGAGUUGACCAGAAUCGCCGAGUUCGAGAGCACAUUCUUGCCAUACUUGAAGGCCAACCACGAAGACAUCAUCUCUGCCAUCAGAGAGAAGGGUGAGUUGUCCAAGGACUUGUUGGCUGCUUUGAAGAAGGCCACCGAAUCGUUUGUUGCCACCUUUUAA